AUGGGUCCUGGCGUUUCGUCCUGGGAUCUCGAGGCUUGCCGGAUGUCCAACGAGGCUCCGGCAGACGAUGAGGUUGCGGUCCGAGUUAGGGCGGCCGUUGCAGGCGACUUUCAGCUAGAGCACGUCAACGGCUUUCCCAUGAGGCUCGAUCAAGGGUCGAUCGACCUGGGACCGAUCGACGCUCGAUCCUUGAGGCCUCCAGUAAAGGAGGACGAGGUCAAUCGUGACAAGCGGCGAGAGUCCGCGGAAAAGCAGAAGUCCGCAGUGGACUUGAAAAAGAAGAAGGAAAAGAAGAAGAAUCUCGAGCGUCAAGCACUGGACAUGCGUCGAGGGAAGUCUAGGCAGAGGGGGGAGCGAGAGGAAGAAUCCCCCGACGAGGAUGAUGGUGGCGAUGGCGACGACGACAGUGAUGAUUCCGAGGGAAUGGCGUCCCGUCUCGACCGGAUCCUCGAGGGCCCUCCCCCGACCGGCGUCGACGUCCCGCGGACAGAAGUCCCAAAGGGAGCGCCAAGCGGGUCUCGAGAAAGUCGGCAGAGGGAGCCAUCUCCACGUCGUUCCCGUGCGGACACUCCUUCAGAGCGUGUGCCAGGUCGGACCGUCCUCUGCCCCCAACCUCCUCCCACGCCUAAGGCGGGCCACCACGUUAAGUCCCUGAUGUCGGGGCCGCUGACUCGUGGUCGUGCCACGGCCUCAGCAAGGGGGGAACGAAUCGUUAGAGCACCAGUCCAGGCGCCGGCCAGGCGGGAGAUGCCGAGCCGAGACCGGCGCCUGCUCGUGAGGUUGAAGCGGAUGCUCGAACAAGCCCAGCCCUCGAUGGCCAAGAGGCUUAACGUGGGAGCGACCUCCAAAGACUCAGGCUCCUCCGACCCUCGGCCGUCGACUGGUGUCGAGGGUGCUCUGCCCCGUCCAUUGGUGAGGGAGUCUGCUCCACCGUCGCCGAAGCGGAUCGAGGCGCCUCGUCCUCAAGAACAUGAGGGAGCCCCCGAGCCUCCCCGUUCUGGGGUCAAGGAUGAUCCUAUCAUGAUAAGUGACGGGUCUGGCGGUGACGGGCCUUCGAAGGGUGCCCGCCCCAUGGAUGAGGAGAGGAAGGAGGAGGAGGAGGAGCGCGAGCGGGAGACGCGGCAACAGCGGCAGGAGGGGCCGCAGCAGGAGGAAAGAGAGGAAGGGCGGCAGCCAGAAGGUUACCAGCUCGAGGAGCUGCUAGAGCAGAACCGGCAGCAGGAGCUGCGAGAGCUCCAGGAGCAGCAGCAGAGGAGUCAGCAGUUGGAAGAACUGCUCGAGCCACCACCUCAUAGCCCGCCCCAGCCAGUGCCACCAACGCCGCAAGAGCCUAAAGUCGGGGAGGAGGGUCUGCCGGUUUUGUAA